UAAUUAAAAUCCCCCUUCCUUCCUCACGCGUUUGCCACCUCUUCUUCUUCCUCUUCCUCCUCCUCCUCCUCCUCCUCCUCUCUUCUGCUCAAAGUUCUCUCUUUACACAGGAGAAAAAUAACUCACAUUAUUCUCUCCCUAAUCCAAUACCCAAUACCCAAUUCCAAUUCCAAUUCCCUCCAAACUUUCCCUCUCUAGAAUUGAAUUCCUCUCUCUCUCUCCCUCCCUCCCUAAAAGAAGUUUUAUGAUUUUCUCGUUCUCUAUUUCACAGAUCCAUGGAAAAAGACCCACCAAACUCCAUUAACAACCCAUUUCUAUUUCCAGAUCCAUAACAAAACCCAUUUCAAAUCUCUACCGUCGGAUCAAAAAGUCAUCACAAACCCAGAUCUCAAUCCCACCCAAACAAAGAAAAAAAGAAACACAAUGAAACCCACAUCACGUUUCUUCACAAUAGGUUUAGUAACAUCAUGGUACUCCUCAAAUAUAGGCGUAUUGUUACUGAACAAGUACUUAUUGAGCAAUUAUGGAUUUAAAUAUCCAAUCUUUUUAACUAUGUGUCAUAUGACUGCUUGUAGUUUAUUAAGUUAUGUUGCUAUUGCUUGGAUGAAAAUGGUUCCUAUGCAAACUAUUCGUUCUCGUCUUCAAUUUUUAAAGAUCUCUGCUUUAAGUCUAGUUUUUUGUGUCUCUGUUGUUUUUGGUAAUAUUUCUUUACGGUUUCUUCCUGUUUCUUUUAAUCAAGCUAUUGGUGCUACGACACCGUUUUUCACUGCUGUUUUUGCUUAUUUGAUGACCUUUAAGAGAGAGGCUUGGCUUACUUAUGUUACCUUGGUUCCUGUUGUUACUGGAGUUAUCAUUGCCAGUGGGGGUGAACCAAGCUUUCAUCUAUUUGGGUUCAUUAUGUGUAUUGCUGCUACAGCUGCAAGGGCAUUGAAAUCAGUGCUGCAAGGGAUUUUACUUUCUUCUGAGGGGGAGAAGCUGAAUUCUAUGAACCUCCUCCUAUACAUGGCUCCCAUAGCUGUUGUGUUUUUACUCCCUGCAACUCUUAUUAUGGAAGAUAAUGUGGUUGGUAUUACACUGGCUCUUGCAAGAGAUAAUAUCAAGAUUAUCUGGUACUUAUUAUUCAACUCAGCACUGGCGUAUUUUGUGAAUUUGACCAAUUUCUUGGUCACAAAACACACAAGUGCUUUGACUCUACAGGUUCUAGGGAAUGCAAAAGGAGCUGUGGCUGUUGUUGUUUCAAUUUUAAUUUUCAGAAAUCCAGUAUCUGUUACUGGAAUGCUUGGUUACUCGCUCACAGUCAUGGGAGUGAUCCUUUACAGUGAAGCAAAGAAAAGAAGCAAAUGAUUCUUCAUUGUCUGAAAACAUCAAUCUAUACAUUUCACAUAUUUUGUUUCCAUUGGUGCCUGAGAACAGCAGCAAACUUUCUUGGGGAGCAAGCUUGGGUGGUGAAUAGCGCCACGGAUUGUGCCCUCUGAAUCCUAUAUAUAUAUUUUUUUGUUAGCUUACAUGGAAGCUGGGACUCCAUUUGUAUCAGCAACAAGUGCAGGAUUAGCAAGAAGUAGAAAACUCAAAAUAAGUGACUGAUUUAUCUCUAUUAUUCCCAGCUAGGGGUUGUCGAGGAAUAUCAUUUUAUCCUUUUUAUUCUUUCAGGAAAAAUCUUUGUAGAAUUGGGUCUCUACAGAAUCAGUUUGUUAUUGACAUUCGCCAUAUUGAUUAAUUAAUGAAAAAACGAAAUACCUCCAAAUUUUUAAUA